CGCUCUGUACGUUGUCGCCUCCUCCUAUUUCUCGAAAAACGGCCUGUGGAGAGGGGCGAGCAGAAACCCCGGGAGAGCUGGAAGCGAAAAACGGAGUCUCAGCGUCGAUUCCCCGCAGUUUCUGCCUUUCUGGUACCCGGAACUCGGGUGUACAUACACCUGAAGACUCGCUGUUCCGCACAUUGUGUUCUGGCGUCGUGAACGCAGCUGGGGCAGCUUUUCUUGUGCUUCGUUCUCGCUUUUCGAGGACUUUUUUUCACGAACUGGCGAAGCCCUUUUUCGCGGCUUCGCGGAGGGGACGAAAUGCGUGUCUCCGCGUCGUUCUUUCCGUGGUGAGAGGAGCGUGACGGCGGCAAAGAGUGAAGAAGACUGCGCGAGAGCCGACGGAGACAGGGAGGGGAGGAUCUUUCAGAUGUCUCAGUUUUUUUCCCGUCCUCCGGUGCCUGCCCCCAGAGCGAGAACCGCGUUCUCUGGCGCAUGCAUGACAAAACCAAUAGUUUUUCCACGUUGCUGGUCUCUCUUCUUUCCUGUCAUUGCGCGUUCGUCUUUUCUCCGUGCUUUCUUCCUGGUACUGCGCGUUCGCUUCGGCUACUAAAUCAGUUUCUUCGGUCGGUCGCCUCUCUCGUUGUCCUCGCUCCUGCCUCGUCGAGUCUUUCGUCUUCAGAGUUCUGUCUUCUCUCUUCGUAAAGAUUGUCGUCUUUUCCCUUCUUUUUGUGCCAGUUUCCCUCUGCUUUCUGCCUCUUCGUCUCUCGCCGCCUCUCUUGCUGCAGCACCCUCUUGUGUGCCCAUCUCUUCGGAGCGUAGCUCUUUUCGCCGUCUUCGAUCUCUGCUGAUCCACCCAUUCGUCCUUUCUGUCUCUUCCGUCUCCUCGACCUUCCUCUCUUCGCCUCCUGUGCCGCCUUCCUUUUCUGUCCCUGUUCUCCGCCCAACUGUCUCACAUCGCCGCCUCGCGGCUGUUUCGUCCGCCUCGUCCGUGGCUUGUCGUUUCGUAGUCUUGUCGCCAUCCACCAGCAUGACGGCCGAGACGCUCCAGGAGGCCGAGCCGCCCCCAGUCGCCGGGCCUUCGCUAUCCGAGGAGAACGAGCUGUUCGGUGCGAGCUAUCCUCUCCACUCGUUUCCCUUGCUUCUGCAACAGUGCCAGAAACGGACGUACUCGCUGUUUGUGAACUCUGUCGGUCUGAAGCCCCCGCCGUUCCUCCCUGCAGUUGAAGAGAAAGUGAAGCUGAAGCUCCACGACGAGUACUUCUUCCCGCGUCUCCCGGCGGCCUCCGUCUCCUCCUCCUCUGCGUCUGUGCCUCCCUUCGCCAUCGAGCAGGGCGACGCUGCUGGAGCUCAGACAGAGCCGCAGAAGAAGGCUCUAGAGAACGGAGCCGCCGCGAGCGAGACGAAGAUGACAGAGAGCACGGUCCUCGCGGUUCCGUCCCAGCCCGCCGACGCCGACCUCGCCAAGCGGCCUCGCGUGCUCGCCUGCCCAGCUGUGCAUACUCCCGAGAUGACAGUCUCGGAGCUCCUCUCCGAGCUCUCUUCAAGGACCGCCGCCUCCUCGGUGCCCUACGCCUCUUCGGAGGUCUCUGGAGGAGCGGCAGGUGCGGCGCCAGGGCCCGGCAAGGCCCUCGCGCCCCUGUCGGCGGAGACAGGAGCCUCAGGCUCCCCAGGCGGAGCCAGCGGCGAGUCGGGGGCUUUGGCGCGGAAGGAGACAGUCGGUGGCGAGCUGGCGAAUCUGCGCCUGAAGAAUCUCCCGGCGGCUCUGAGGCCCACGUGGCACGCGCCCUGGAAGCUCCACAGAGUCAUCGCCGGACACCUCGGCUGGGUCACUUGUCUCGCCGUCGAUCCCACCAACGAGUGGUUUGCUACAGGCUCGAACGACCGCCUCAUCAAAAUCUGGGACCUUGCGUCCGGUACACUGAAGCUCUCUCUCACUGGACAUGUCUCCGCGAUUCGAGACAUCAAGAUCUCUUCGCGACAUCCGUACAUGUUUACUUGCGGAGAGGACAACCGCGUCAAGUGCUGGGACUUGGAGCAGAACAAAGUCGUGAGAGACUAUCACGGGCACUUGUCUGGUGUCUAUACACUCGCGCUGCAUCCGCAACUCGACAUUCUCUGCAGCGGAGGCCGUGACGCCGUUGUGCGCGUGUGGGACAUGCGGACGAAACACGAGAUUUACGUUUUGAGUGGACAUCAGGGAACAAUUAUGUCUCUGCAGAUGCAAGCUCUUGAGCCUCAUAUCAUCUCUGGCUCUCAAGAUAAAAUGGUGCGCUUGUGGGACUUGACUGCGGGGAAAUGCUCGGCAGUUUUGACCAACCACAAAAAGAGCAUUCGGGCGAUGGCUUUUCAUCCCCAAGAAUACUCCUUCGUCUCUUGUGCAGCAGAUAAAAUCAAAGUCUGGAGAAACCCACUAGGGCAAUUCGAAAGAAACAUCGAAGGCCACAAUUCCAUCAUCAACUGCUGCGCCAUCAAGGAGGACGGCGACUCUUCGAUCCUUAUUGCCGGCACAAAUAACGGCCAACUGCACUUCUGGGACUGGGCCUCCGGCUACAAGUUUGACACCAUUCAGUCUCGCGUGCAACCUGGUUCCCUGGAGAGCGAAAACGGAAUUUUCUGUUGUGCGCUGGAUAAAUCCGAGACACGCCUCUUAACAGGAGAAUGUGACAAAACCAUCAAGGUUUGGAAACCGGACGAAGAGGCAACAGAGGAAUCGCAUCCAUUGCAGUGGAAGCCGCAAAGAUCGAUAAAGCGCUACUAGAGCAUUUUCUGAAUUUGUCUCGUGCUGUUCAACACCCAAGAAACACGGGAAACUGGCUCUUCGCCUACGAGGUGCUCGUUCGUCGCGGUGCGGUGUAUGGAGUGUACGGACACAGGGGCUGCUGCUGCACGGGAAGUCCUUUGGCGUUCUGUGUUACCGAGUCUUUGUUAAUAACAUGGGGAAGCAAACAAGCGGGUUUUUCGGCUUGAACAUGCCAUGUGGUUUUUCCACUUCUCUACCGUUGAAUUGGCUGCGUACUGUUGAGAAAUAUCACCGGCAGACGAGUGUGCGACGAUAGUGCACAACCACAACAGCCCGGUGAAGGCGUGUAACGACGUAAGCGCCGCAUCAGAUGCUAAUCCUAGACGAGUAAGGGAUGAGCGCAUGUAUUACGUUCACUUCAUGCAAAACUGUCAUGCAAUGCAGUAGAUGGCAACAGCCGUGUUGUUGAAUCUUCUGGAAGAUCUCGCAGCAGCCUCUGAUAGUGUAGUAUCAACUCCCAG